AAGCGGGCGAUGUAAGAGCCGGCAUUUCUUGUUAAUAUAAUACCGUUCAGUAUCAACACUGUGUACAGCUACAGCUGAAAUGAAAACUAAACAUGUCAUAAUCUGCGGCGAAUACAAACCGUGCUCAUUUGCAAAAAAUUUUGUGAACUCUUUUCCUUGUUUAUACCCGUCAGAAAUGCUCCAAUGUGAUAAUUCAUACACGGCGAAAACCACAUUUUCUCACUAACGCUCGCAACAACAGACAAGAGACCAGAGGCCAGACCCAAGAGAAUAACAGAGGAAAGCAGCUGUAGCGGGAAACGAGUGAAGUGAAGUAAAACAAGUUUUCGAUGGAGAAAUCAUGAGGAGAAAUGUAUGUCAAAAUUACAGUCAGUCGCUCUGAAAACGUCUUUGUGUUUGGACAAAUAAUUGUAGAUUUCUCGGUGAAAUAUUUUCAACGCGUUGCUGUGUUUUCUCGUUGUACACACACGUUCAACUUAAGUUUGAUUUAAUUAAUUGAUUGCAAACAAAGUGAGUGCGGAUGGAAAGACUACCAGCAGUGGAAUUGUGAUUAAAAUUUAGCAAACAAUAAUUAACGUGGAAUGCAUAUAAAGUAAAUUCGCUAUUAGGUUGUUGCUAAUUAAAUGUGCAAAUUGUAUGGUAAAGUUGAGAAAUAUGUUAGUGAAAAUACAUAAGUUAUAAAGGUCUUUGGUGAAGUUUAUCAUAAUAAAUUUCUUAAAUAUUUGCGAACGGUGAUUUAGUGAAGUGGUUGGUGUGUGAUUAUCGCUAAAAAAAGAGGCAUAAAGAGCAUAAAAGUUUGACAACGGGCCAAAAACAACCAUCAACGAAUUCUCAGCAGAAAAUAAACAAAACAAACGAUUAUUGAUAUUGAAGAAAAUACCAAAAUUACUGUUCAUAUAAAAAACCAUAAGAUCCAUUUCAACAAAGACAAAUAAACAACAACAAUAGCGCUUCCAACGAAACAAAUUGCGAAAGUCGUAACCUCGCAUACCUUUAGUCCCUCAGAAAGCAGCUAGCGCACACCUGGACAUGGAACGGAGGAGCAAACAAAUAUCGAAAUAGACGAAGACCGUACCUAACGCUUGAAAGAAUAGCAGCGACAGCAAUAACAAAGGUCAAGAUCAAAUUUUAUACGCUCCCUUCUGUGAUCACGCCUCAGUACUUGUGUUUUAUUGACUGCCAAUGCAACUCUGCGCAUAAAUAUCAGCUGGCUUUUUCCAAUAACGACGCUUAAACGAAAAACUAACAACAACAAGAAGCUCUCCAUUAAGAAGCAACAUACUGCGCCCAGCACACGCACAAUGAAAAACGACGUCGUACGAUGGAGUUCAGCGGCAAUUGCACCGGGUGCCCGCGAGAGCACGUCCCACAAAAGCAAACCAUUUCCAACACUAACCGCUACCCGUGCGCACCCAAACGUCGUGACUGCGCAUGCGUCGUCCUAUAGUGGGCACCUUGAACUCCAAAAGCAACAACAAUAUUGUGAUACUAAUGCAAGUUUUCUUAAUGCAACAAAACCAGUAACAACAACAAAAACUAGUAGUUAUUUAAUAAUUCCAAGACAGCAUAGCAAACGUAAAUCCAACACGCUGAGUAGACAUUUUCAAUCACAACAACGGCAAAAACAAACAUACAAUACACAUCACCGCCGACAGCACGGAGUGAAAGCGCGGACAUUUGCUGCAUUGCAUUUAAAUAGGAUUUUAUUAAAUUGUGUGCAAUUGAAUGUGUUUUUAGUGUUUUUGUUGUGUACGUUGAAUGUCGGUUUCGUGAUUGUGCCGAACGUCAGUGCCGCCAUCGUAAGCAACGCGAGCGAUUUGCUUGUAGGCGGCGCGGUGAAUGCGCUCGAUGGCGGUGUGACGUACCAACUAGACUACGAGGAGAGUAACAGCGGGACAGACAAGGACAGCGCGACGGGGCAUUAUACCCACACCUGGGCGGUGCAUAUACCGAGCGGCGACGACGAUGUGGCCGAUCAAGUGGCCCGGGAUCAUGGUUUCGUCAAUAUGGGCAAGAUUUUCGAAAACCACUACCAUUUCGCUCAUCAUAAAGUCUCAAAGCGUUCACUAACACCCUCGCAGCCGCAUCAGACACGCCUUGACGAGGAUCACAGAGUGCAAUGGGCUAAGCAACAGCAGGCAAAAUCGCGUCAGAAACGUGACUACAUACGUAUGCGCCCGUCAAGGACAUCGUCACGUUCGCUCUCACAGGUGGAUACAGUUCCUCUAAAUGACCCAAAAUGGGCGCAAAUGUGGUAUCUGAAUCGCGGUGGCGGCUUGGAUAUGAAUGUUGUACCAGCCUGGCAGGCUGGCAUCACCGGCAAGGGUAUUGUGGUGACAAUACUUGAUGACGGUCUGGAAUCGGACCAUCCAGAUAUCGAGCACAACUAUGACCCUGAAGCGUCUUACGACGUCAACAGCCACGAUAACGAUCCAAUGCCACACUACGACAUGACUGAUUCAAAUCGUCAUGGUACGCGUUGCGCUGGUGAAGUGGCCGCCACCGCCAAUAACUCAAUCUGUGCGGUUGGUAUUGCAUUUGGUGCCAGUGUUGGCGGUGUCCGAAUGUUGGAUGGCGAUGUUACGGACGCCGUCGAGGCGCGCUCCCUAUCACUCAAUCCGAAUCACAUCGACAUUUAUAGCGCGUCGUGGGGGCCCGACGAUGAUGGUAAAACGGUUGAUGGUCCUGGCGAAUUGGCGCAGCGCGCCUUCAUUGAAGGUGUUACUAAAGGGCGUCAAGGCAAAGGUAGCAUAUUUAUUUGGGCUUCGGGUAAUGGCGGUCGUGAGUUCGACAAUUGUAAUUGUGACGGCUAUACAAACUCCAUUUGGACACUGUCAAUAUCUAGUGCCACCGAAGAGGGUCACGUACCCUGGUAUUCGGAGAAAUGCAGUUCCACAUUGGCGACCACGUACAGUAGUGGCGGACAGAGUGAGAAGCAGGUGGUGACGACAGACUUGCAUCAUUCGUGUACAGUAUCACAUACAGGUACCUCAGCAUCGGCGCCGCUGGCUGCCGGUAUAGCAGCGCUAGUGCUCGAAUCGAACACGAAUUUGACGUGGCGUGAUUUGCAACAUAUUGUGGUGCGUACUGCAAAGCCGGCAAACUUGCGUGAUCCAACCUGGUCGAGAAACGGCGUCGGUCGACGCAUUAGCCAUUCGUUCGGCUAUGGUCUCAUGGAUGCCGCAGCGAUGGUGCAAGUGGCACGUAAAUGGAAAACAGUGCCAGAACAACAACGCUGCGAAAUUAAUGCGCCACAUGUGGACAAAGUCAUUCCGCCCAGAAGUUAUAUCACAUUACAAUUAACUGUAAAACAUUGCUCAUCCGUCUAUUACCUGGAGCAUGUUCAAGCAAAAAUCACACUGACAUCACAACGUCGCGGGGACAUUCAGUUGAACCUCAAGUCACCAGCAGGCACCAAAGUUACUUUAUUAACAUCACGUAGUCAUGAUGUUUCUCGUUCUGGUUUUAAUCAAUGGCCCUUCAUGUCCGUCCAUACUUGGGGAGAGUCGCCGCAUGGCGAUUGGCAGUUAGAAAUACACAACGAGGGUCGCUAUAUGGCGCAAAUCACACAAUGGGACUUGAUUUUCUAUGGCACAGAAACACCCGCCCAACCGGAAGACGCGGUCCAUAUUAGUGAUGGUCUAUUUGGCAAUGAUAUGGCCCACAACGACAUCGAGUACGAUGCCAAUCUGCAAUGGCGAAAUAUGCAGCAGGUCGGUGAAUCGAGUGUGAUGUCCAAUGAUAAGACGAAUGCGUCGUGUCUGAAGGCGACAUCCGACCAAAGAUGUUUAGAAUGUACCACGUCCACAUAUUAUUACAAUGGCCACUGCUACGAACAAUGUCCCAUACACACCUACGCCAUCCUCAACGACAGCACGACGCCCAACGGAACGGCGACAAUAAGCGACAACAUCAUAUCCAAGACGAAUAUAUCCGACGACGAUGAAUUACAAUCGAUCGAUCGCAGACGAGAAGCUGUGCGCUUAUAUGCCGACACCAGUGAACCCUUGGAGCCGAUACAUUUGCGGCGCUGCGAUAAAUGUGACAACAGCUGUCAGCGCUGCUAUGGACCACUAAAUUCGCAAUGCAGCACCUGUCCGCCUGGCAGUCAAUUGCGUAAAAUACCUCGCACAAAUGAAACAUUUUGCUACAUCUUUGCCGAACGUAGUUCAGGUAAUAGACUCGAAGACGUCUUCAGUGCCAAAGUCGAAACGGUCGACAGCGUAGAGCAUGAUAAAGCUAUGAAUCCGACGAGCAUUGUAUAUCUUACGCUAAUCAUGGUGCCAACGUUGCUCAUCAUUCUCGUCAUUAUCUUGGUUUCGGCAGCACGCCGGAACAAUUUACGCAUACCGAUCUGGCGAAACCAUAGCACAACGAGAAAUGUAGUCACACUACCGAAUGUCAGCUAUGAUCGUGUAGCGCUGCUAACCGAAGGCGAAGAGGAUGGAGACGAAGCUGAUGAUGAAGAGGAGCAGGACAUACACGGCACAGUGCGCGUCUAUCAAGAUGAGCAGGCAUCUUGCGUUGGUGACGAAUCGACAAUCGAAAUUGAUUUGGCUUCGACAAUUAUUGAAGCCGUAGAGAUAAGCGACUCAGAGGUAGAACUUUUUGAUACAACGCAACAUAAUUAGCUAUAUCCAUUCUAAUGGAACAACUAUGUGCAAAGGUGGUGAUAUUGCCGCUUUUUCUUUAAUUUAAAUUUUAUUUCUCUGUAAGAAAUUAAGUAAUAUUUUUAUUUUAGGUAGGGUUUGUGGUAAUACUGGUAGAGUAGUUUUUCUUAAUAGUUGUCAAUGCGCUUUCAUCUACUAAUGAAAUUUAAAUACGAACAAAAGAUUACAAUAAAAGAUAAGAGUACGGUAUUCAAGAGCUCCUAAGUAAGACUCAUUUAAAACUUAUUUGAUAUGUAAAUAUCAUUUGAAUAAACAUUUCUAGAUAAUAAUUUAGACUACACUAUCUUUUCAUUACUGAAUUUGUAAAAUUGAUGUUGAAUACCGAGCUUCCAACCCCCUUUUUGGUUUGUAAUAUUUUAAGAUAAGCUUAGUAAUUACGGACAGAACAAGUAUUUGCAAAAUUGUUGGAACUAUUAAAAUACAUUUAUAAGAUUAGUAAUUU